GAACCACUCAGGCCCCCUACGCCAGAGCCGACAAUCUCAACUUAUACACGACCUGAAGAGAACGUCGGUGUUGGAGACGAUGCGUGGCGGGAGAUCAACGUUAGGCUUGUUGGCGCGCAUCCGCUGUGGGGACAUUAUUUGUGGAACGCUGCCCGGGCGUUUGCGACGUAUCUCGACACGCAUAAGCACCUCUGUCGAGGACGAUUGGUGCUUGAGCUUGGCGCUGGAGGAGCAUUACCGAGCAUUGUAACGGCCACGAAUGGUGCUGGGAAGGUAGUCGUGACCGAUUACCCUGACCGGGAACUUGUGGAAAACAUGGAAUAUAACGUGAAAACGAACGUACCGGAGCAUCAGCGGGAUCGGUUGAACGUCCAGGGAUACAUAUGGGGCCACCCCGUCAAACCACUUCUGGACGCCCUCCCAACGCCAUCGAGCAAGUUUGACCUCAUCAUACUGUCAGAUCUCAUUUUCAACCAUUCUCAGGCACGUAUGACUCAAUUCCCAAUGGAACAUGAAGCCUUGCUGAAAACGUGCGAAGAGGCAUUGUCGUCUGACUCGGCCAGCUCACACCCGUCGGUGCUGGUAUUCUAUACGCACCAUCGACCGCAUUUAGCUCAUCGUGACAUGAACUUCUUCACCAAGGCCAGGGAGCGGGGAUGGCGGUCUGAAGAGAUAUUGAGCGAGACGUUUCCGCCAAUGUUCCCAGAAGAUUCGGGUGAGGAAGCUGUUAGGUCCACCGUACAUGGGUGGAGACUAACCCGGAGGGAAAGUGUCGGCACUUGA